AUGGAUAACCUAUGGGCUCGUCGCACAAACACCAGCAAGCUUUCCUUGACGACGCCAACCAACAGCGCCACGGGUGAUUCCACCAGAUUUGCCUCCUCCAGACGCCAGGAUGGCAAGUCAACCGGCUUUCCCUCUAACCCGGGAAGCGCUCUGGCCUCGCCCACCACGGGCGGCGGUGCCUCCAGCGCUUUCGGUCUAGGCUCUGGCGCCUUUGCCUCCUUUGGCUCUGCGAAGACGCCUAAGACGUCAAGCAACCCCUUUGAUACCGCCAUGGCAUCCGCCGUGCCCAAGCAGGGCUCCGGAAAAGAUAGCUCUAGGGCGGUACCGAAAUCCCGAAACAUGGCCUCCAUAUCAGAAGCAAAGCCCUCUGGGGCUGCUGUCGGCCAGAUACACCCGCUGAAAGACGCCUGGUCAUUCUGGUACCGUCCGCCCAUCUCUAAAGCCCACGGCUACAUCGAGUACGAGAAUACCUUGCACGGAAUUGCCACCGUACGUACGGCUGAGGAAUUUUGGGAAGUCUAUUCACAUCUAAAGAGGCCUUCCUCUCUGCCAGUUGUUUCCGACUACCACCUCUUCAAAAAGGACAUUCGCCCUAUUUGGGAGGAUGAAAUCAACAGAAAGGGUGGAAAGUGGGUCGUCAGAAUGAAGAAGGGUGUGGCUGACCGACACUGGGAAGACUUGCUCCUCUCUCUGAUCGGUGACGAAUUUGGUGAUGCCGGCGAGGAAGUCUGCGGUGCCGUGCUCAGUAUGCGCAACGGUGAAGAUAUUCUGAGCAUCUGGACUCGAACGGAUGGUGGUCGUGUCCUCAAAAUUCGCGAAACCAUGAAGCGUAUCCUCAACUUCCCACCCAACACCCGCGUUGAGUUCAAGAGCCAUGACUCCAGCAUCCAGCAGCGCACCGCUAUCGAUGGACAGCGUCGUGAGAAAGCCAUACAGCAUCACAACGACAAGCGAAACGCCGGCAGCUCAAGACAGAGCCAUGAGUAG